UUUGACAAUGUCACGAAAUUUGUAAUCGAUGUCAUAUCCGGGCAGCGUAAAAAUGGCUUCUAAUUCCAACAAUAUCCAUGCACAAGGUGACAUGGAGGUUGACCUAGUCAUUGGAGAUGACAAUUUAGAUGAAGAUCUUGAAACUGGACUCUCAUCGAAAGAUGCCUAUUUUGAUACAGUUAUUGGUUGUAUUGAAGAUAUCAUUAUGGAGGAGCCUUUUCAAAUCAUUCAGAAUGGAUUUCUAGAGAAAUACUACAAAGAAUUUGAGGACACAGAAGAGAAUAAGUUUUGUUACACAGAUAUACACAAGGAAUAUAUUACAAUCAUUGAGUCUUACCUUGAGGCAGAGCUCAAAAAACGCUUAGCAAAUUUUUCUAUGUCAGAUUUUACGCAACAACUACAGGAGAGAAAAGAAGAAUUAGAAGGAGAGAUUUUUGAAAUCUUGCUGACCUUCAGUGACUUCAUGGUCUUUAAAGAAAUGUUGCUUGAUUACAAAACGGAAAAGGAAGGCAAUACAAUAGACCUGAGCAGUGAGCUGACUGUUGUGUCGGUCAAGGACAGGCAGACUAAAGACGAUGUGUCUUUCUGUAUUUCAGGGAAUUCAAUCAAAGGACCGUAACACUGACUUCUUAUACUAGGUUAUGUGUGCUUGAUGAUUUGUUUGAUUCGACAGGUUAAAACUGUGAAAUUAAUGAAACGAUUGGUUGUUUACGUGUCCUGACGUAAUUGCUUUAAACUGUGAAACUAUCGUAUAUGAUUGUUAGUUUAUUUGUCUGAGUUGAUAGUUGAUGCUGUGAUGUGUUACAGGUAUGAUGAGUUGACAUUACGUAGCUCUGCGUGUAAAAUUGUCGGACUUGAUUGAUUGGAUUUAUGUCUGUGUGAUUGAUUGCUAUAAGGAAAUCAAGGAAAGUGUGAAUCUGUUUUGAAAAGAUGAAAUCAGUACCUACAACUUGUCACUCAGGUCAAUAAAUCUAGUAAGCUAGUGAAAAGUGUGUUUCUCAAUGUAAAACCAUAACUUAUAUUUAUCCCUGUACAUACGGGCUGAAAUCUAUUACUGUAUAAAGUUGCUUGAAUCAAGAAAUUAUUCAUAAAGUAGAAUUUAUACUUUUCAACUAAAAAAAAAUUUUAGAACUAUUUUCAAAAUAAUAAAAAAAUAAUUAGUCUUUUUUGUUAAAAUUUAAUUAACAUAAUGUUUUUUGUUUUUAACAUAUUUUAUAAACAGAUGUGUGGCUUAUGCCAUUUUGUACCAUGCACAAAAUAUGUCUGAUGCCAUACUUUACUUAAGCAUGUUCUACAAACUGAUAUAUAUAUAUAUGGUUUUAAUUCCUUCAAAUGAUUUCCUUAUGCUUUUUAUGAUGAAUUUUUUUUUCUUAAGUUAUUUACUGAAAAUUGUACUUGGAACACACAUAUAUAUAUAGUUCAGUGAAAAGGUUGUAAUUCAAAGUGGUUGUACUUCAAACCUUGUCUAUGUUUUCCCCCUGUUUUUUUUUUCCAGCUUUCUUUGUAGUUUUUCAAGACAAUUUUUUUUUGGUUAUGUUAGGAGUGUUCAAUUUUGCGCUGUUGUUUGAAUCUCAAUUUGUUUUUAUCCUCAAAGUUUGCCCCCAUUCAGUAAAAUCUUCUUACAGUUAGUAAUAACCAGCAUUUUUCCUUCCCUUUCACUAAAAAUGGUGUGCUGUUAGCCAAUUUCCUUAGGGAAAAAAUGAAAAUGGGAAAGCUUCUUUAGAGGUUCAAAGACUAGUGGUUUUUAAUGUAACAAUAACCCAUUCACCUCUCUGUAGCAGAUGUCUGGAUAGAAGUUUUUUUAAAAAGUGUGAACGGCUUAAUGUAAUUAUAAGACUAAAGAGUAACAUUCCAUGUGUGAUUGUCCCAAUAUGGUUUGGCUUAACAGUCAUACACGAAUGUAACAUCUUUUUUUUUUUUCUUUUGUUCAAAUCUGUUCUACUUUUGAAAACUUUAAUACAAGCAGCAAAAAAAAACAAAAAAAACUUUCAGUUAUUGCUUAUAUAUAUAUAUAGUUCGUCCAUCGUGGUUCGAUGAUGACCACUUUGUCAUCCAGGGGGCUGAGGGCUUUGCACUGGGGUUUUAUGCCUAAUCAUGUGGCUGGUGAGACAUAUGUGAGCCCGGAAAGUUCGGCCGCACACUGGGCAGGUUAUUCCAGCUGGAGCUAGUGUCGUUUGCCUUGCUUUUCUUUUCUGGCGUUUUUCUUCUGCCAGCGUUGUUCUUUUUUCCUCAGCAACCUGUGCGCCAGUUUUUACAGCGUGACGCCAUGAUGCUCUGUCAUGUGCCUCUGUCUCCCAGGUGCCUGGGUCUAUGCUGAACGCCUUCAGAGAAGCUUUGAGGGUGUCCCUCAAGCGCUUUCUUUGGCAGCCUAGCUUAUUGCUUAUAAGGUUGUCAUUUAGAGCAACUAUUUAGUGAUGAUCUUAAAUUUCAUUCUUGUCAAUUUUUUACAAUGAAACCUCCCUUAAGGCUGCUAACCACAACUAUUUGGUUUUAGUUUAAGCACAUCAAAUGUCAGAUGACUUAGCCCCUCUUGUUCCAUUCCUCCCUCAAGAGUGGUAGCCUGGUGUGUGUGGUACGCACUUAGGAAUGUUAUGACAAUGGUUCAGAGUUCAAACCCAGCCUGCUGCUCUCCCCUUCCAUCCUGCAGGAGGUAUGGGCUAGGAUGUAAUAAUCUUCAUUUCUGAUGGGAAUGCCUGAAACUUGUUAAAAUAAUCAAACAAGAAAAAUAAAAUGUUAUUCCCAAAACUAUGUUUUUUUUUUGAUAAAUCAGUGCUUAAUGUUAGCAGAUAAAUUUGAGUUGUUUAAAUUAGUGUUUGUUCCCUGACCUUUUUUUUUUUCCCAUUUGUUCUCUACGUCCCUGCUGUUAUGUGACAGUUCUAUACGUCCCUGCUGUUAUGUGACAGUUCUCUACGUCCCUGCUGUUAUGUGACAGUUCUAUACGUCCCUGCUGUUAUGUGACAGUUCUCUAUGUCCCUGCUGUUAUGUGACAGUUCUAUACGUCCCUGCUGUUAUGUGACAGUUCUAUACGUCCCUGCUGUUAUGUGACAGUUCUCUACGUCCCUGCCGUUAUGUGACAGUUCUCUAUGUCCCUGCCGUUAUGUGACAGUUCUCUACGUCCCUGCUGUUAUGUGACAGUUCUCUACGUCCCUGCCAUUAUGUGACAGUUCUCUACGUCCCUGCUGUUAUGUGACAGUUCUCUACGUCCCUGCUGUUAUGUGACAGUUCUCUACGUCCCUGCUGUUAUGUGACAGUUCUCUACGUCCCUGCCGUUAUGUGACAGUUCUCUAGGUCCCUGCUGUUAUGUGACAGUUCUCUACGUCCCUGCCGUUAUGUGACAGUUCUCUACGUCCCUGCCGUUAUGUGACAGUUCUCUACGUCCCUGCUGUUAUGUGACAGUUCUCUACGUCCCUGCUGUUAUGGGACAGUUCUCUACGUCCCUGCCGUUAUGUGACAGUUCUCUACGUCCCUGCUGUUAUGUGACAGUUCUCUACGUCCCUGCUGUUAUGUGACAGUUCUCUACGUCCCGGCUGUUAUGUGACAGUUCUCUACGUCCCUGCCGUUAUGUGACAGCUUUCUUCACUGGAAAUUGUUCAUUGCAUUUAAUAGAAUAUCGGUUUGUGAAAGGGCAGACUUAACAUGUAGGUUACCUAAGUACUAUUUUUAUCUCCACGUAAUGCCAUUGCAAAAUAAAGAACAAUUACUGAGAAUGUCUUCAUACAUUGAAAUGUUUUUUUUUUUUACUUAUAGAAAUUUUAUGCAAUUUUCAACAAGUAAUGCGUUGUGAUAAUUUUGUUCUUUUGAAUUUUAUUAUUAAACUUGUUUAAUAUUGCAA